AACGCAAUCUGGAGCAGAACCAGAAGAUAUGAUAAUGAUGAUAAUGAUGCGUUUGGAGCUGCUCUUACUAGUCUCUGCACUAACCGGCUGCAUUCAGGCACAGAGCAAGACGGUCUUCGAUCUCAGUCGCCUGUUUGGUGCACGGAACAAUGAGCCGCUGACAAAGCUGCUGGACCGCAAUUUGCCGGAAGUGCAGCAGUUGAUCGACAGGACGAAGGAGACCUGUCUCGAGAAGCUGGAUAUGCCGCCAUCUCAGCGAUCCCUGAUGCGCGUCACGAGUCCCAGCGAGCAGGAGAAACUACUCAUCGAGUGUGUCCUCAAGGGCAUUAAAAUUAUGGACAGCAGCAGCAACCGGUUGAAUUUGCACCGUGUGCAAGAGCUGACCAGCAUGGUGACUGAUGACAACAAGCUGGCCAUGGCAGUCAGCAGCAGCAUGGCCCAGAACUGCAAUCGUUCAAUUCUCACAAAGAGUUCCUCCGAGGCAGCCCAUCAGCUCAACCAGUGCAUCAGUCGCCAACUGGAGCGCAAUAUGAUACAGCUGAGCUGGUAA